AUGUCUGCUUUAAGCCAUUUCAAAUUUUCGGUGAGUGAUGCCUUUGAUUCCUUUAGGACAAUACGUGUACCAGCAAAAGAUGGAAUAAGUGGACAUAAUAUGCAAUUACAGUAUACACAUCAAAAAGUGAUUGGCAAUGGCUCGUUUGGUGUUGUAUAUCAUAUCAAAUUAUCUCACAACAGUGAAGAUGCUGCUAUCAAAAAAGUACUACAAGAUAAACGAUUCAAGAAUCGAGAGUUGGAGAUAAUGCGAUUGAUGCAUCAUCCAAAUAUUUGUGGACUCAAAGCCUAUUUUUAUACUCAGGGUGACAGCAAGGAUGAAGUGUACCUCAAUUUGGUGAUGGAAUAUGUACCAGAAACAGUAUAUCGCGUAUGUAGACACUAUACCAAAUUAAAGCAAACAGUACCCAUGUUGAUCGUCAAAUUAUACAUGUAUCAACUAUUUCGUUCGCUUGCAUACUCUCAUACCUUGGGUGUUUGUCAUAGAGAUAUUAAACCACAAAAUCUCCUUGUGCAUCCUAUCACAGGUGAAUUGAAAUUAUGUGAUUUUGGUAGUGCCAAAGUACUUGUAGAAGGAGGAACAAAUGUAGCUUACAUUUGCUCACGCUAUUACAGAGCCCCUGAAUUAAUUUUUGGCGCCUGUCAUUAUACUUACAGUAUAGAUAUAUGGUCCGCUGGUUGUGUGAUGGGUGAACUGUUGCUGGGCCAACCCCUGUUCCCGGGCGAGAGUGGAAUAGAUCAGCUGGUGGAAAUCAUCAAAGUUUUGGGAACACCAACAAAGGAAGAAGUCUUGAUCAUGAAUCCAAAUUAUACGGAACAUAAAUUUCCUAUCAUUAAGCCUCAUCCCUUGGCAAAGGUCUUUAGGUCAAGAACGCCACCUGAAGCUAUUGAUUUAUUAUCACAUAUUCUUCAAUAUGAUCCUAGAAAAAGAUUGACUGCAAGUGAGGCCAUGGUUCAUCCAUUCUUUGAUGAGCUUCGUAAUCCAGAAACAAAAAUGGCAAAUGGGCGUGAUUUACCCGAAUUGUUUAAUUUUACCAGAGAAGAGCUAUCUGUAAGACCUGAUCUGAUACAUAAACUAGUGCCAGCACAUUAUAAAGAGAACCUAUUACAGUCUGGAAUAGAUAUCGAUAACUUCAUUCCCAUUCCGUUAAAGGAUUUACGUUUAAACAUAGUUGAUUAA